UGGAGCGGAUUAAUAUUAUCAUGUAUGUUGCUGAGACUAACAAGAAUACAAAGCCACAGCUUUUAAUUUGAUGCCUUUUUAAACAAAUCUUCGGUCUGCGAACGCUUUUGAAAUUGUAUGUACAUACAUACUUAUGUAUAUGUUUAUAGAUCUGUUUCCGAGUCCUUCUCUCUAAAGCACGAACAUUGCGUACACGCAUAAAAAACCAUCUCGACAUGCCAGAUACAACUGCCAAUGUUUUUCUAGUGCAACUGUUGCCUGUUUUUCACUCUUGUUGAGCAUAUUUUUAGUGCCCGCGAUAGAGACCGCUUCUACAAUUCGAAAUCAUGUACGUUUCGAAAUUCUGCUCGAAAUUUAUAUGCUAUUUUUAAAUAUGAGCGUCUGCUGCUACUACAAAACUCGUUCAGAAUUUGGUAUUGUGCAAAUUCGUAUUGAGCAUAAUAAAGUGCUUUAGUCAAAAUUAUAUUUUGUGCCUGUUCAGUAGGCAAAUUUUAAUCGGCAUUCAUAUUAGUUUGUCUACCAAUUUACUGGAGUUUUAAAACGCUACUACGUACAUACACACAUACAUAUGCAUAAAAUAAAACCGCAAAUCGACCGCAAUUCAAGCGGCUAAUAAAGCGUAUAGAAAAUGCGGCGGAGUGAUUGGAAGAAUCAAGCUGGAGGAGAGUGGUCAUCGAUGCGGGAGGUGCCAUACCAGCAGCAAAAGUUCUUUCAAAAAAAACCAAAUCGCUUACAAUAUGGCCCAUAUCAGGAAAGUCCACCAUUAUAUGGGCGUUGGAAUGCAGCAGCUCAAGAUUCUGAGUACGCCACGCCUAUAUUCGCAGCGGAUGGUAGCGGAUAUUAUCGUCGCUAUUCAGUGGAUGCAUCACCCGAAUCGAUUAUUUAUUAUAAUAGCAAAAUAUCAGGAACAUUUAUUGGCCAACCACUUGACAACGAUGAGUGUUGUCCCCCAUCUAUCGCUGGCUCGAAUAUAUUGCUAUAUCCCCAUUCAUUGAAUAGCGCUGAUGAGCGAUCACCGGACAACGUCCGCGGCGCUGCGUUCUAUUUUAAACAAAAGAGCACACAAUCUGCAGCGUCAGCAGCUGAUGCAAAUAUUAUAAAUACAGAGCAGGUUGUACACAAUUUGACUUUGUUCGGACGUUUUUUGGAAGUAGUGCAGAGUUGGCCGUUGCCCCAUGUUUCAUUUACAACGGCUUGUAUUUUAGUGUUACUGGCCACUUUUAUUUCACCACGUUUGUGGGCUGAAAAUGUUAUAUUUCCUGCUUUCAGAUUAUCCUUUGGUACUCUAUAUCCGGCAUAUGCUUCGUACAAGGCUGUGCGCACCAAAAAUGUCAAAGAAUAUGUAAAAUGGAUGAUGUAUUGGAUUGUUUAUGCUUUCUUUACAUGCAUCGAAACAUUUACGGAUAUUUUUCUUUCAUGGUUUCCCUUUUACUAUGAAGUGAAAGUGAUUAUUGUUUUGUGGCUUUUGUCGCCAGCUACAAAGGGUAGUUCUACAUUGUACAGAAAGUUCGUACACCCGAUGUUGACGCGCAGAGAACAGGAAAUCGAUGAGUACCUUAACCAAGCCAAAGAGCGUGGCUACUCAGCAGUACUACAAUUGGGCACCAAAGGCGUCAAUUAUGCCACCAAUGUUAUCAUGCAAACUGCGCUUAAGGGUGGUGGGAAUCUUGUGCAAACCAUACGACGCAGCUACAGUUUAAGUGAUCUCUCCGAACCAGAUGUACAUCGCACACAGGACGAGAUUGACGAUGUGGUGCAAAUGCGUCCACAGCAACGUAUGCUGCGACCCCGCACACAAGCUGGCAUUGCGCGUUCAGCGUCUGGUACGCGCCAUUCGACCGGCAUGUAUUUCUCUGAGGUGGAUGUUGCUAAGGGUGCGGAUGGUUUUAACUACAAUAUAAGAUCAUCGGAAGACAUUAGUUCGGGUUAUUCCAGCGCGGAGCCGGUAUCUGCUGCUUUGAGUAGAACAUCUUCGAUGACAAAUGCUACAAAAACACGCUUGAAAGCCAGACGUACUGAGAGGGGGUGGACGAGUGCUCUAGGACACCCUCUAUAUAUUCUGAAGGGAUUGAAAAAUAUUGAAACUAUCCUAGUCCCGAAGUCUCAAAAUUUAAAUGAACCCAAACAGUACAGGCAAUUAGAGCAAAAUUUCUUUGCGCAGAGUCCAUUACUUGCGCCAGGUGGUGGGUUCGGUUCUUUAGAAAAUGAAUUUCUGUUGGAAAGUUCUGAAAACUUACAGAACCCUACACUAUUCGAUGUACAGCAGUGCAUACAUAUUUUAGAAAACACGUCACACGUAGCAUUUCAAGACAAAGUUGAUGAAGAUUUCGCUGAAACAAAACGGCCGAAUGAAAAAAUGCUACCGAUCGAGGAAAACAAUGAUAUGGAAAGUAGUCGUAUAUUGAAAAAUGUAGAUAAUUUAAAGGAUUUCGGAGGAGGCAUACAAUCCGCAGAACAACCGCCGUACAGCGACCACCUAGAGCAGCAGCAGGAUAAGGAAGAAGAAGCCACGAUUUCAACUAACGAACCGGCUGCAGCAAUCCAUGAAGUACCUUUACCGGACGAAAUAAGUUUCAAGGAUAACAAUUCUAUUUGUAGCAAUACUGAUACCUAUAACACACUUGAAAGCAGCGAUGAGGACAAUGAAAGCGAUUGGUUUUCAGACGCAUUACCAUCAUUAGCCGAGGAUGAAACUUUUGAAGAUUUAGAGGAACAGCAGUUGGAGAAGCAGCAAGAAGAAAAUAUAACUGUGCAAGAGGAACACACCACCGCGUGUAUGCAAGAAAAAACUCCAAUUGACCCCAUUGAAACCCAGUUAACUGAUACAGACGCCUCAACACCCAUACAACUAGACAGUAAUAAAUCUGAGAAGCCGAAAGUUAGCGCUAAGGAGCUUCAAGACACUUUAAAGGAAAUAAAAGACAAUUUUCGCGCUACUAUUGCAACAACGACAGCGCCAACAAUAACACCUGGUACCAGUAGUAGUAGGAGCAGUAAUAAACUAUUAACUAUACGCCCUUUAACGCACAACAAAGGCAAAGCACCAGCACCGCCGGUACCACCACGUCCCACACGUCCAGCAACAAUCAGUGGCAAAGCCAUCAGCAACAUUGCAUCAUUAAGCAAUACCUUAGAUAGCACCAGCAUAUCGUCGCGCAGUUCUUCACCAGUGCCACAGAGGAGUAUCUUUAGAAAUUUAAAAACAAAUCUUUUUCGUUUCACCAGCAACAGUAGUUUGAGCGACAAACAAGGCGACGGGAAUGUUGAAAAGCCUACACGCGAUACACCGCCAUACGAAACACAAAUAUAGUUCAACUGCUAUGAGAGCAAUUCGAAAUUUGUAUAAAAUUGUAGUAAAUACAACGAAUUUCUCUUUGGAAAUGUCAUUUCGGCUAGCUACACUACGCUUCCACGCACUAAAAAGUCUGAGAAAGUAAAUGUAGCCACGUCCAAAACGCGUAGUAAGUUGGAUAAGUAGGCGAAAAAGGCGGCCAAUUCGAAAGCAAUGCAACCAAAUUUCAAAUACUCAUCGAAUAGCAAAAGAAAAAAGGAGCAACGGUUUAGUUAAUGACCCGCUUAAAGGUAGCAGCCAAACUCUACUCGAAGGAAAAGUGAAUGGCUUUAAAAAUUACCAGAUGUUUGUUAGCCACAUCAUUAUUUAACUGUGUGCUCUGGGAAGAUUUAUUGAUCUAAUAGUGGUCGAUAUUUUUUUUUAUAUAACGUAUAAGUAUUAUGACUGUUACUCAAAGCUCCACCCCUACCUAUCGCCCGAAGCGUUACUAUUUAAAAUAUCAAAGAUGUAAAUGUGACUGUAAAAAGAAUGCAGAGAAGGAUGUUACUCUUCAAUCUAGUUUUUUUUUUUCAUUGUAUGCUGUGAAGGCGGAUCUCUGUACGUGGCCAAUGUGAUAAGGCUUAUGUGGAUUCUAUCAGUUAUGAAUUCCACCAUCAGCAGGUUCUUUUUUUGUUACUAAAAUUUUUGUAAUAAUAAAAACUGCAUCGAUUAUAUUUAAUUGCAAUUAUUUAGGUGCAUUUUGAAAAAUAUAAUUUGCCACAAAGCACCGCAGAAAUAACACAAACAAUAAUACAUAAUUGGUUCGAUUUUUUGGUCUUAGCGCAAAUACUGGAGGAACUACAAAAUUGUAAACAGAGGUGCUCAACUAUUAGUUUGAAUUAUGUUAAAUGAAUUAAUUACUUACGUACGUACAUACAUACAUACAAACCUUAGUUAUUGUAAUGUCAACUCAUUAGUUAAGCGUAUUUUAUACAUAUUACAAUUUUUGUUUCUAUUUCCCCGCCUGAAUAUGAAUACAACUAGUAUAUUCAAAUAUUCGAACACGUUUGUAUACAUACCUAUAUACAUAAAUGCAAUAUAUAAUGAAAAUAGUUACUAACUUAUUAAAUCGAUAAAUAAAUUCAUAUAUUGAGUUUC